GGAAUGAACUGCAUUGUUUGGGUCACAACAACAUGGCAGACCUCCCCAUAUUCAUCGUGGACGCCUUCACACGCGAACCUUUCGCGGGAAACCCCGCAGCCGUCUGCCUUCUGCUUCAUGAUCAGACAAUGAAAGAUGGACUACUCCAGAAAAUAGCGUCCGAAAUGAAUCUAUCCGAAACAGCUUACGUUCAGUGCCUGUCGGAAAAUGGCAGCUUCGAAAAAGACGAUACUUUCAGUCUGCGCUGGUUUACACCGACCAGAGAGGUGCCGCUAUGUGGACACGCCACCCUGGCGUCCGCUGCCACGUUGUUCUUCUGCGCAGGCAACACCAACUGCACGCUUACUUUCCAAUCGCUGAGCGGCCCGCUACUAGCCCGGCGCACUGGGGAUUCCGGGAUCACACUGGACUUUCCACUAAACCCCGCCCAGCCGCACGACAAGGACGCCGUGAAAACCAUCCUACAGGAAAUCUGCGGACUUGAGCACGUGAGUGACGUGCAGUACUCGCGGACAACCAGGAAGCUUCUCGUCCGACUGAAGGACGAGCUCACACGAGACUUUCUCGAGGGCCUCGCGCCAGACCCUAGGGCCCUUCAGGCCAGUGACAUCAGUGGUGACGUCAUGGGGGUUAUCGUGACGUUGAAGGGACAUCCGGAUGAACAUGGGUACGACUUUUUUUCGAGAUACUUCGCCCCCUGGAAUGGUAUACCGGAAGACCCGGUGACAGGCUCAGCCCACACAGUACUGGCCGACUACUGGAGUAAACAACUGGGCAAGACCUCAUUCAAGGCUCGCCAGUGUUCACAACGGGGAGGCGACCUGGAGGUGAACAUCGCCGGAAAUCGCGUGGAGCUCACCGGAAAUGCACGUGUCGUGUUAAAAGGAACACUUUCCAAUGUGGACCUGGACUGCUGACAGCACGUGCGUUCAUAUCGCUGAAAACGUUUUAAAAUUUGAAGUGUUGAACAAUGCUCAGGUGAACAACGCCUAGACCAAGCGACAACCUAGACCGGCCGACAAUCUAGACCGGCCGACAAUCUAGACCGGCCGACAAUCUAGACCGGCCGACAAUCUAGACCGGCCGACAAUCUAGACCGGCCGACAACCUAGAACGGCCGUUGAAGUAUAUACCAGAUAUGAAAUACAGACGUGUUAAAAACUUGUAAUUAAGAUGGUUUAAUAAAUCUGAAAGAAUUGUA